GAAAAAUUAAUGAAGAUGAAGUUGGCAAUCCAAUUUCCAAUACUAAUAGUAAUAGUAUUAGUAGGAUGGUGUUGGGCGGAGCAAUGUGGAAAACAAGCUGGUGGUGCGUUGUGCCCCGGUGGAUUAUGCUGCAGCAAAUUUGGUUGGUGUGGUUCAACCAGUGACUAUUGCGGUGAUGGUUGCCAGAGUCAAUGUGGAAGCGGUGGUGGUGGUGUUGGUAGCAUCAUAUCGAGGGACACCUUCAACCAGAUGCUGAAGCAUCGAGACGAUAGUGGUUGUGAGGGGAAAGGAUUCUACACCUACGAAGCUUUCAUUGCAGCUGCUAAGUAUUUCCCUGAUUUGGGUAAUAACGGAGAUACUGCAACUAAGAAAAGAGAGAUUGCGGCUUUCUUGGGACAAACAUCUCACGAAACGACAGGUGGAUGGUCAAGUGCACCUGAUGGUCCAUACGCUUGGGGAUAUUGCUUUUUGAGAGAACAGAACCCAAGUACAUACUGUCAACCAAGCUCUGAAUACCCAUGUGCUUCUGGUAAGCAAUACUACGGUCGUGGUCCAAUACAGUUAUCUUGGAAUUAUAACUACGGACAGUGUGGUAGAGCAAUUGGUGUUGAUUUGCUUAAUAACCCAGACCUUGUUGCUACCGACCCUGUUAUUUCCUUCAAGACCGCUAUAUGGUUCUGGAUGACCCCACAGUCACCCAAGCCAUCCUGUCAUGAUGUUAUCACCGGACGAUGGAAUCCUUCUACUUCUGAUCGUGCGGCUGGUAGGCUUCCUGGUUAUGGUACUGUUACCAACAUCAUUAACGGUGGACUUGAAUGCGGUAGAGGACAUGAUAGCAGAGUUCAAGAUCGGAUCGGUUUUUACAAGAGAUACUGUGACAUCUUUGGUAUUGUUUACGGAGAUAACAUUGACUGUGCUUCUCAAACACCAUUUGCUUCUUCUCUAUCCUUCUCAUCAUUGCUGCUCCAAUCCAAACCAUCCACACCUAGUCAGUAGUCAACUCAACCACUCGUCUAUUAUAAAAUAAAUAAAUACGUACCAUGUAUGUUGAUUGUUCACGUCACAUGUAUCAAUGCACCUAUACCUACUUUGAAAAUUUCAGAAACAUUAUCCUUAUCUUUUUAUAAAAGAUGAUGAUUCACCAUUCACGCACGCACCUUAUAAAAAACUAGUACUAGAAGCCGCCGAGCCUGUGAUACAUUUUUUCUUUCUUUUUGUUUGAAAUGGCGAGGUAUAGCACUCUUUAUUCAACUGGUUGCACAAGUUAUCCAUAUUUGAAAACCAAAAACAGUUGAAUAAAAAACAUAAGACUAGUUCUACUCAA